AUGCAGGAACAAACAACAGCAAAAGAUCAUGUUCUAUCUGUUCUUGAAGAACAACAGCAAGAUUAUGCUACUACUGUUAAAUCUUCAUCAUUUACUGCUGUUAGUCAUGAUGAAGAAGAUUUUCACUUGUUUGAAAGAAAAAAGAAGAAACGAAAAGAAAAUUCUGAUUUAUUAAUUCUUCUAUCGGAAGAAAGUGAUGAAUUUGAUGGUGGAUGGUUGAGAUUGAAGGAUGAAUGGAUGAUUGUGUUGGAAUUUCUUCCGAUUGGAAGCAUUCUCAUGUUGGCCAUGACUAGGAAAGCCAAUUAUGGAUGGAUUUGUGGAUAUGUGAGGAGGAUGGCAAGAUUAUUGAUUGAGAAGGGAUUGGGAGGAAGGUUUUCAAUUACUAAAAUGUUGAGAAUGAAGAAAAAGAUGCAUGUUGAUUCGAAUAAUUUUAAACAAGUUUAUGAAGUGUUUAAAGAGAUUAGUUUGAGAAAUGGAUCAUUAACUGAAUUGAGUCAUGGUUUUUUAUUUAAUGGUAUUCAUUUUGAACAGUUAUACCAUUUAUUGGAUAUUAGAAAGAGUUUGGGACAUUUGGAUGAAUUGACUGUCGAAACUGUUUGUCUUCCAAAGAAGGAAAUUCUAUCAUUUGAAAGAAUUUUCCUUAAGAAACAAAUUAAGGACAUUCCUAUAGGUUACGAAUUGAAAAAUUUGGAAUUAAUUAUUGAAUAUUCAGAGUAUGGAGUUCAAACUCUUUACAAAAUUCUUGCAAAAUGCAGAAAUUUAGAAAGUUGUCAAAUUCAAGUUGACGAAAACUCUAAAAAAACCACACAUCUCUAUUCUGAUGAUACAUUUGAUGAAAAUUACAUUCAUGUACCUCUAAUGAAUAAUCUUAAACAUUUAGAUGUGGAUUCAUUUGAAGAAGACCCACAAUUCAUGUUUGACUUGUUGAAAUUUUGUCCAAACUUGGAAACAUUGCAUUAUGCAUGUGAAGCAACACCAAAAGAUGAGUUUUUGAAAUUUGUAUCUGAAAUGUGUCCAAAACUGAGAAGAAUGACCAUUCAGUCUGAGUAUAGUAGAAUUACUGAUGAUGCACUUGUUGAUUUUUUAACACGACAAAAAGAAAUGGAAUACUUAGAUAUAAGACCAACUCCAAUGAUUAGUGGAAAGGUAUUUAAACACUUGGAUCAAUUUGAAAAGCUUAAAUAUUUGAGAAUUCGUAGGUGUCUUCAUUAUGCAAGUAUUGCUCCUCAAUUGGUCGAUGAUUUUCAAUUAGGAUCAAGACCAUUGCCCAAUCUACAUUAUUUGGAUAUUGGAAAUAAUUAUAGAUUCUCUACUCAUGUGAAAUUUGAUCGAUUUGAAAAUAGUUUAAAGCUAGUAGCUCCAAAUUUGAAAGACUUUUAUGAAAUGGACAAAACGUCAAUUCUCGAGCUCUAUGCGACUACUUUAGAGACAACCAUUGGUACUUUGACUAAUCUAUCUGAAUUGCAUUUAUGCACAAAUUUAAAAAGGGUAGUUCUCCAAAUUCCUGAAAAUAGCAAAUUUGAUGGCAUUCCUGUUUGUCCACAUGUGAUUGAGUUGAAAUUUCAUUUUAAUUACUAUUUGGAUAGUACAGUCUUGUUGCAACUUGCCAGAAUAUUUCCAUCUGUGGAGGUGCUUGAUAUUUCGUUUUGUGGAGAUUCAUUUGUGGAAUUAUUGAAAAAUUCAUCAUUUUGGCCGAAACUAGUUUAUUUGAAGGUUUCACCAACAAGAAAGGAGAAAUUAAUCAACAUUGACAAUGCUAGACCAAGCAUCUACAUUGAAGGAUUUCAAUUUCCAAUCAUUCCUAACACUUUUAAUUAUUUAUGGCUAGAAAGAGAUUUAAAUGUUAGAAAUGAAUAUUUCUUGACAUGA